CGCCGCAUUAUCGGAAAAACCUCAAGAAGAAGAGUGGUGACAUAACAAAACCCCAAAAGCUCCCAAGCCUAGAGAUUCUGUUGUUGAUCCGAUUCCCGCUCUCCUUCUCCGGUAGUACAAUCUCCGUCGCCGGUUACAUCAGCCAGGGAAGAGUUUUAAGAGAUGGCAUCAAAGUUGCUACAAUUGAAAUCCAAGGCAUGUGAAGCAUCAAAGUUUGUUUCCAAGCAUGGAACAACUUACUACAAACAGUUGCUGGAUAAGAACAAGAUGUAUAUCCAGGAGCCAGCUACUAUAGAGAAAUGCAAUGAAUUGUCUAAGCAGCUUCUCUACACUCGUCUUGCUAGCAUUCCUGGGCGUUCUGAGUCAUUUUGGAAGGAAGUCAAUCACGUGAAGGGUUUAUGGAAGAAUCGGGCGGAUUUGAAGGUUGAAGAUGCUGGAAUAGCUGCACUUUUUGGUCUGGAAUGCUUUGCGUGGUACUGUGCAGGAGAGAUUGUAGGAAGGGGCUUCACUUUCACCGGCUACUACCCUUGAAGAAAGAAAGCAACCCCCUCAUAAACAAACAUGCGUUUCAGAUCCAUUGAAUACCGAAAAGCCUUUUUAUAUCAUAAUUAGCGGCUUAUUAUCUAUCUCACUGCUGACAUUAGAAGCAAAGUUAAUUUCUGUUUCUCUGGAUAAUUUAUACACAAAAGUUUUGAAGGUGAGGCAUCAUCACUCGUGCUAGCUCUAAUAAUAUCAGUCGACUAAUGUUGGCCAUUUGGUUUUUUCUUUGUCAUUUUCAUUUAUGUGAAUAACCAUUUUUCUUGGGUUUAGAGUCUAUAAACCGUUUGGUAAGAUGUAUCAUUCGUGAAACCUCAGCACAUACCAACCUUACCAGAGAAGAGUAAGACGGCAUUAUAUUAUAAACCGUUUGGUAAUAUGUAUCAUU